GUUCCCACCAUGCAGCGGGUGAUGUCUGAGGAAAGAUGGCGGAAGGAGGAGCGGCCGAUCUGGAUACCCAGAGAGGAGAGGUCGCGGCACUGCUGAAAACACAGCUAAGAAAAGGAGACACUUGGUACUUGGUGGACAGUCACUGGUUCAAACAGUGGAAGAAAUAUGUGGGAUUUGACAGUUGGGACAAAUACCAGAUGGGUGACCAGAAUGUCUACCCAGGACCAGUUGAUAACUCUGGUCUUCUCAGAGAUGGGGAUGUGCUGGCCAUCAAGGAGCACCUCAUUGAUGAGCUUGACUACAUCCUGGUCCCAACGGAGGGCUGGAAUAAGCUUGUCAGCUGGUAUGGGUUGACAGAGGUUCAGGAGCCAAUUGCACGCAAGGUGGUGGAACAAGGUAUGUUUGUGAAGCACUGCAAGGUGGAGGUGUACCUGACGGAGCUGAAGCUCUGUGAAGACAGCAACAUGGACAAUGUGAUCACCAGACGCUUUAGCAAAGCUGACACAAUAGACCUGAUAGAGAAGGAGAUGAGGAAGCUGUUCAGCAUCCCUGAUGAGAAGGAGACCAGGCUUUGGAACCGGUACAUGAGCAACACCUUUGAGCCUCUCAACAAACCUGACAGCACCAUUCAAGACGCCGGCCUCUACCAAGGACAGGUUCUUGUAAUAGAGCAGAAGAAUGAGGAUGGCACAUGGCCCAGAGGCUCCACGGCACCCAAGUCAUCUGGUGCUUCCAAUCUCUCUGCUUUGCCAAAGAUCUCGCCUUCAUCUCUCACAAACAAUCAUAACAGCAGCUUCAACAGCAGGAAUGUGAAGAAUUCGAGCUAUAGUCUGCCAUCCUACCACCCUUACAGCAACAGCUAUGACUACUCAGACCAGAGCAGGCAGAGUGAGCGCUCAGGCCUCUGUGGACUCUCCAACCUGGGCAACACCUGCUUUAUGAACUCUGCUGUGCAGUGUUUAAGCAAUAUCCCUCCACUGACGGAGUACUUCCUCAAAGACAAGUACACAGACGAGCUGAAUGAGGACAACCCGCUGGGCAUGAAGGGGGAGAUUGCCAGAGCCUACGCUGAGCUCAUCAAACAGCUGUGGUCGGGCAAAUACAGCUACGUCACCCCGAGGCCUUUCAAGACCCAGGUGGGCCGCUUUGCCCCCCAGUUCUCGGGCUACCAACAGCAGGACUCUCAUGAGCUGCUGGCCUUUCUCCUGGACGGCCUUCAUGAGGACUUGAACCGCAUCAGGAAGAAGCCCUACAUACAGCUAAAGGACGCUAACGGUAGACCUGAUAAGGUGGUGGCAGAGGAAGCGUGGGAGAACCACAUCAAGAGGAACGACUCCAUCAUUGUGGACAUCUUCCACGGCCUUUUCAAGUCCACCUUGGUGUGUCCCGUGUGCUCCAAGGUCUCCGUGACCUUCGAUCCUUUUUGCUACUUGACCCUUCCACUACCCAUGAAGAAGGAGCGGACACUGGAGGUUUAUCUGGUCAGACUGGACCCUCUGGCCAAACCCACACAGUACAAGCUGACUGUGCCGAAGGUGGGCUACAUCUCCGACCUGUGUACCUCUCUCUCCAGCCUGUCUGGGGUGCCUGCUGAGAAGAUGAUUGUAACUGACAUCUACAACCACCGCUUUCACCGGAUCUUUGCAACCAAUGAGAAUCUCAGCAGCAUCAUGGAGAGAGACGAUAUCUAUGUGUUUGAGGUAGCGGUGAACAGGGUGGAGGACACAGACCACGUAGUGAUCCCAGUGCACCUGAGGGAGAAGUACAAGCAGUCGGGCUACAACCACACCAGCACGCCGUUGUUUGGACAGCCCUUCCUCAUCGCCGUCCCCAGAACACUCAGCGAAGACAAACUCUACAAUAUGCUGCUCCUGCGCCUCUGCCGAUUCGUGCGAUGUUCUGUAGAGGAGGAUGAGGAGGAUUGUGAAGAGACACAGUCGCCCAAACAGCACACUGUCAACGGCAACGCCACUAAUGGACUGCUGGAGGAGGGGUCGCCAAGUGAGAUGGAGACUGACGAGCAGGACGACGAGUCCAGUCAAGAUCAGGAGCUGCCCUCUGAGAACGACAACAGCCAGUCAGAGGACUCCGUGGGCGGGGACAAUGAACUGGAGAACGGCAUGGUUGGUCCGCAGAACUCCACCAAAGUCCAGCAGACGGCCGGACACAACAGAAAGAGACUUUUUACAUUCCAGUUCAAUAACAUGGGCAAAACGGACUUCUCCCUCAUCAAGGAGGACACCAGGCAGAUCCGGUUUGACGAGGGACAUCUUCGACUCAGUGAUCGCUCUUAUCUCUCUUUGGACUGGGAACCGGAGAUCAAGAAGAAGUACUUCGAUGAGACCGUUGUCGAGGACUUUGAUAAGCACGAGAGCAUGGAGUACAAGCCUCAGAAGAAGGCGUUCUUCAAGCUGAACGACUGCAUCGAACUGUUCACUACAAAGGAAAAACUGGGAGCAGAGGACCCAUGGUAUUGUCCAAACUGUAAGCAGCACCAACAGGCCACUAAGAAGCUGGACCUAUGGUCUCUGCCACCGGUGCUGGUGGUCCAUCUGAAGCGAUUCUCCUACAGCCGCUACAUGAGGGAUAAACUGGACUCCCUUGUUGACUUCCCACUCAGAGAUCUGGACAUGUCCGAGUUCCUGAUCAACCCCAACGCAGGGCCGUGCCGCUACGACCUCAUUGCUGUUUCCAACCACUACGGCGGGAUGGGUGGAGGCCACUAUACUGCUUAUGCUAAGAACAAAGAUGAUGGGAAGUGGUACAACUUUGAUGACAGCAGCGUGUCGCCUGCCAACGAAGAUCAAAUAGUGUCCAAAGCAGGGUACGUGCUGUUUUACCAGCGCCAGGACACCGUGAAAGGCACUGGCUACUUCGCUCUGGACCGCGAGGAAGAGGAGGACGAUGAGGAGGAGGAAGAGGAAGGAGAGGAGGAGGAGAACGAAGGUGAGGAGAGGCAGGAGAGAAAGGGCGCCUCGUCCUCUCUGGGAGCCUCAUCCGCCGCUGCCACCGCCGCUGCUGCCGCCGCCACCUCUGCCUCCGCCUCCGCCUCCGCGUCCGCCGCUCUGAGCGACGAGGAGGACCUCAACGAGAACCGGCGCAGGAAGAACGACAACGAGCAGGAAGAGGAGGAGGAAGAGGAGGAGGAGGAGGAGGAAGAAGAAGAGGAAGAGGAGGAAGAGGAGGAAGGGGCGCCCAAUCGAGACGUCACCAUGAAAACCAACUGAAGCAAAUGGAAAAAAAAACGGAGAGAGAGAGAUUGGGAUCUUUCCAUCCAAAGCCAUAUGGACACACAGCAUGGCAGCGGGCGCCACCAGUCCCACCCAGCGGCUCGGAUUCAACCGCUCGACAGGCGGAGCCAACCGUGGGGAUGAAGACUGUUUGGUCAGAGUGCUGCGGGGGUACGCAACGCUAAGAAAUCAGGGCCCUCUGUGGUUGGAUCACUGUGUGUGUGCGUGUGUGUGCGUGCGCGUGCGUGUGUGUGUGAGAGUGUGUCGCCACGUCCAUCCAUUUAGUUCUUUUUCUAAAGGAUUCGCUCACCUGCUCUCUGAAAAGAGUCACUGAACGUCACCGCGGACCGAUUCUGAGGCUUCACGCUACUUGUGUGCGGCGCUCUGAGUCUCCCUUUGCUUUUUGUGUUACAUUGUUGUUCUUUUAUAUAUAUAUAUUUUUUGAGAGCGAUGCAUUGUUGGCAUAUCAUUUUUAGUAUCAUUUAGACCUUGUGUAUAUAUUUUAAACACUGAAUUAUAUGUGGUUUCAUGAUGCGCUGAAACGUUUUGAACUUGCACAAUCGCCAACCAUCCACUUUUUUUUUUUUUUUUUUUUAAUGUAAUUAUUGCCAGACAUACUGCAACCGUUCAAUGACUCAGAGGGUUUUCUCACAU